AAAAAUUAGAAAUGAAUGAAGAAAUAGAAAAAAAAGAAUUAGAAGAAGAAGAAAAAUUAAAAGAAAAAGAAAAAUUAGAAGAAGAAAAAGAAUUAGAAGAAAAGAUAGAAGAAUUAGAAGAAAAAUUAGAAGAAAAGAAAGAAGAAGAAUUAAAAGAAGAAUUAGAAGAGAAGAAAGAAGAAGAAUUAGAAGAAAAGAAAGAAGAAAAAUUAGAAGAAGAAGAAAAAGAAAUAGAUGAAUUAGAAGAAAAUUUUGAUAAAAUUAAAUCUAUUUCAAUAGAUAAUA